CGUUUGGUUGAGUUGUUUUGAGAGUUGUAGAGGGGAGACCAGUGCGUGGCGGCGGUUGCAGACCGAGCGGAGUUCGUGUCAUAGAGCGAAACAGAGUGAAAGAUAAAAAGGAUCGGAGUGACUAUGACGACCGAGGCACCAGGGUCGGCUGUUGAAUACUGUGCACUGGGCCAGGCUGCAGAUGCUGACACCCUAACCACCCGUGAGGAGGAGCUGCACAAAGCACGAAUGAGUGCCAAGGCCAAGAGGAAGCUGAGGAAGAGUUCAUCACACGACUCCGGAUCUGGUCGUGAAUCCCUUUCUGAGAGUAUGGAAACCGGUGGUAACAAAGGCAAGAUGGGGGACAAGAAGUCCCGAUCAGGAAAGGGUCGAGGUUUGCCGAAGAAAGGAGGUGCUGGUGGCAAAGGUGUGUGGGGCGCUGCAGCCCAGGUUUAUGAUGUGGAACAGCCAGACAUCCAUGACCCCAACUAUGAUGACGACAAGCAGGGGAAAACUGUGUACCAAACGGUUGUUCCUGAACUGGACGACAGUGAGUUUGAAAGGGCAGUGACUCCAAUCAUUCAGGAGUACCUUCAGCAUGGAGAUACCAAGGAGGUUGCCACGUUACUGCACCAGAUGAACCUGGGCAACAAGAAGAGCAAGCUCCCAUUGUUGUCGGUGACCAUGUCACUAGAGGGAAAGUCCAGCCACCGGGAGCUGAUCUCCCGGCUCCUUGCUGAUCUCAACGGCAAGCAGUUGUUGGCUGAGGACAUGGUCAAGGCUUUUGACCAGCUCCUGCAUGACCUACCCGACCUUAUCCUGGACACUCCCGAAGCACCUCAGAUGGUGGGCCAGUUUGUCGCCCGCGCCGUGGCUGAUCACGUUCUGUCGGCAGACUUCCUGGACAGUUACAAGGGAAAGGUUGACUGCGAACACACCCGCCUAGCGCUGGACAAAGCCACCGUGUUGCUGAGCAUGAACCGUGGGAUGCGUCUAGACAAUGUCUGGGGCAUUGGUGGGGGUCUCAGACCCGUGAAGCAGCUCGUCAAGGAGAUGAAUCUCCUGCUGAAGGAAUACCUCCUGUCUAUGGACACAGCUGAAGCUGAGCUCUGCCUGCAGAACCUAGAGGUGCCCCAUUUCCACCAUGAGCUGGUCUAUGAGGCCGUGGUGAUGGCACUUGAAUCCAUGGAUGUCAACGCCUCAAACUUAAUUGUAAAUCUCCUGAAGAGUUUCUGGGAAUCUGGCUUUGUAACUCUUGAUCAGAUGAACCGGGGUUUCAACCGGGUCUUUGAAGCCAUGCCUGAGAUCAGCUUGGAUGUACCAAACUCCUACAGAACGCUGAAGGACUUUGUGAACCUUUGCCAUCAGCAAGGUGUCAUCACCAAAGCACUCCAGGAGCAGUGUCCUUCAUGUAACAUCAGGCACUCUGCAGAUGAAUACACCAGAGACUGCAUUACUGCCACAGCCCAGUAACAAGCCUGGACGACAGAUGGGACAUGCUGGAGGGAGUCUCAGCAAGGGUUGUGUUUGGUUCUGCAGAUAAAGGGGUCUCAGGGUUCAUCAGGUGGGGAAGCAACCUGUAGGGUUCUGUUAAUUGGUCUUCCUGCCUGUUGUAAUUUUGCAAAUGCCUAACCUUAACUGUAUUUGUGCUUUUGAAUUUGCUUCUCAUUGCAGUGAGAAGCACCUUCUCAUUUUUGCACCUUCUCAUUGCAAAAGCCACAAUUUGCUUUUGGCUCAGAUCUUUGGAAGGGUCAGCUGGAGACCCAAAUGGAUUGAGAAAUUUUGAAAUGCUUCCUGUUGAACCAGAUCUUUGAAUGUAUUUCUUGGUGGUGUUUACUCUGGGUGUUUCUCACACUGCAGUCAAGAAUAGUCAAAUGUUUAAAUCCAGUCUGUAACAUUUAUAAUCCAAAUGCCUUCUUGAAAAUAAAACCCUAUGCUUGA